AUGGAUCAAUUUAAUCUAGAUGAAAUUCGUGAAGAAACAGAAUGGGAACAGUGUUCACAACGCAAUCGACUACAAUCAUUAAGAUCUCAGUUGGAUAAACAAUUAGAAUGGGAAUUAAAACGACUAUCACUAGAGAGACGUGAAUUCUCUGAUGUCCUAGAAAAUCUACGUAAACGUCAUGUAAAAAUUGAUCGAAGAAAUGUUAGAACAAUGAAAACUAAUAAUAAUAAUAGUCUUUUAGUAUGUGAAAGAAGUAGAAAACACGAUAGACACUUAUAUUCAAUGAAUACACUAAAUGGUAUUCUACCUAAAACUAUGUCAAAUCCUACAAACUCUUUACACACUACUACCAGUAUAAAUUCGUAUCAUUUAUCUGCUCCACAUAUGGCAUCUUCUCCAGAUUUAUCUCGACCUACUGAUGAUAAAAACAAUACAAACAAUAACAGUAAUAAUAAUAAUAAACAGUUAAAUCGUAUACCACCAGUUAUAAAAACUGAAUUCUUAGAUUCCACUGAAAAACCUUCACAGUUGAAUGUUUGUCAUUUAAUGUAUACUGAUUCCGGUGAAUGGAUACACUUAAACAAAUCAAAUUUAAAUGUAUCAGCUCCAUCGAGUGCUUCUAAAUCAUCUGCCUCCUCAAAAUGUACAAAAUCUUGGUCAGAAAAUUAA